AUUGUUGUUGAAGACUUGUAGAGAAAUAACUGUAUGUUCUAAGAGGUAGUUCUUGAUUAGAAAGAAGAAGAUAAGUGAUCAAUGGCGGUGGAGUAUAGAUGCUGCCAGACAGGAUUCUUCAUUCGCAUAAUUGUAGCGAGUCUGCUAGUUGUGUUUGCAGGGUUGAUGUCUGGUCUCACACUGGGCCUCAUGUCAAUGAGUCUUGUUGAUCUUGAAGUUCUUGCCAAGUCUGGAACACCCACUGAUCGUAAACAUGCUUCGAAGACAUUGCCAGUUGUGAGGAAACAGCACUUGUUGCUAUGCACUCUACUAAUCUGCAAUGCUGCUGCUAUGGAGGCCCUUCCCAUCUUUCUGGAUAGCUUGGUAACAGCUUGGGGUGCUGUCCUUAUAUCAGUAACCUUGAUACUUUUGUUUGGUGAGAUCAUCCCCCAAGCUGUUUGUUCUCGUUACGGUUUGGCCAUUAGUGCAAAAGUGGCUCCAUUUGUUCAAGUUCUUGUUUGGAUCUGUUUUCCUGUUGCAUAUCCAAUAAGCAAGCUACUGGACUUUUUGUUGGGGAAAGGUAAUGAGCCACUUUUUCGUAGAGCUGAAUUGAAAACACUGGUUGAUUUGCAUGGUAAUGAGGCUGGCAAAGGUGGAGAAUUGACGCGAGAUGAGACGACAAUCAUCACAGGAGCACUUGAACUCACUGCAAAAAAGGCAAGGGAUGCAAUGACUCCAAUAUCUGACACCUUUGCAAUUGAUAUUAAUGCCAAACUAGACAGGAAUUUAAGGAAGUUAAUUCUGGACAAAGGGCAUAGCAGAGUGCCAGUUUACUAUCAGCAACCAACAAACGUAAUUGGACUCGUAUUGGUGAAGAAUUUACUAACUAUCCAUCCAGAAGAUGAGGUGCCUAUAAAGAAUGUCCCCAUUCGCAGAAUUCCGAGGGUUUCAGAGACAAUGCCUUUAUACGACAUACUAAAUGAGUUUCAGAAAGGUCAUAGCCAUAUGGCUGUUGUUAUAAGGCAUCAGGGUGAGACACAGCAGCCAGCCGCUGAACAUUCAACUGAUGAUACAGAUGUGAGGGUGGACAUUGAUGGUGAAAGUCAUCUUAAAGAGAAAUGUUUAAAGACCAAGAGAUCACUUAAGAAGGGGUAUAGCUUUUCUCAUGAUCCAAAUCUGCAUAGAGGAGCCUCCAAGAGCAAGAAAUGGACUAACCCAGAAGUUCUGCAUAUCACUGAUGAUCCACUCCCGAUGGCCGUUGGAGAAGGAGAAGCUAUUGGCAUUAUAACACUAGAAGAUGUCAUUGAAGAGCUAUUACAAGAGGAGAUCUAUGAUGAGACUGAUUAUCAAGCUGAAAAUAAUUAAUAAGGAUCUACCAAUAUCAACUAUAAACUCCUGAUAUAGAAGCUUUAUUAUAGAAAUCAAAGCAGAGAGAUUCAUUUUCAUUCAACAGCUGAAUGAAUCAACAAGCUGAAGAAUCGAAAGUAAACUUUUUUAUUUUGAUGUAUAGAUUAUUUGCAACUUAGGAUGAUAAAAGAAAUUGUCGAUUUGGAAAUGUGAAAAAAGGUGCUGAAGUUGUUGUUGAGAGAAACAGAAUAAUGAAUUUUUAAGACACUGGGUAAAAUCAUUACAACGGAAAAGUUUUGACUGCAGUACCC